UGCUUUAUGAUGUGGUUUCUGAAAAUGGUUCUGCUGUACGUGGGCGUGACCAUGAAACUGACCACUGGUUUUAAACUGUUCCCCGGUAUAUUCGAUCCAAAUCCUUACAUUCCGCGAACCCACCCAGCGGUUCUGAAAGUGACAUCAAGUGCCUAUCAGGGUCCGUAUAUUUACGGUUGGACGGGUGGCACGGAGGAUGGCGAGGUCGGGUACGUGAAGUCAACUAGUGAUAAAGACAGCAGCGGUUUUCAUCAUUCGGAAAAUUUUCACAAAAAGGACGGAAAUGAAUACGAACAAGAGAAGCAAUCCGGACAUGCAGAAUCAAAGGAUGAACCGGAUUACGAUGAUAAAUCAGAGUCCAAUGUACGGGAAUAUAAUUCUGAUAAGCGGAAAGGAACACACCGGAAAUAUGAUGUGACCGAGGAACCAAGUAACGACCACCAGGAUCCCAAUAAACACACCACCUACGGAGUAGCUCCGACAAAAUUGAAAAAGAAGCCUCAAACGACUGCUGAGUUUGGAACGAGACUAUCGUUCCCGAAGAAAACCACACACAAAAAACAUCACAAAGGGUACGAAACGGUGAUCUACCACGAGGAUGAUCACAAGAGCUCCGAGAAAGGUUACGAUUUCCGGAACAGUCAUUCACCGCCACCCAAGUCGGUAGUCAUCAAACCGAAGCAGAAGAAACCCACUAACGAAAUAGACGAGAGCAGAAAUAAUGAUCGUGAUGAUGACGAUGAUGAUGAUGACGGAGGCGCUGAAGAUAAUAGUGAUGAUGAAUAUGUGGAGAAGGAUGAAAGAGAUUCGCCCGAUUACUCGGAGCGGUCGGAUUACGAGGAUAAUUACGACGACUACAGGCACGGUACUACGUUUUCAAAAAAUAACGAUGAAAACGACCAUGACGACGAGCAUAGUGAUAGACCGGAUGAAACAAGAGAACCUGCUCGAAACAGUCACGACUACGACGAGGAAGUGGAUCGGGAAGAGAUUGAUGAAGAAGCCAAUGACGAUCGGUAUUAUGGGGAUGAUGAUGACGAUUACGACGAACAAGGUAAGCGACACUAUGAAUAUGCUAGUGAGGCAGACUAUGAUGCACAGUGA